AUGAAGGUUGCGACGCUUCUCGGCCUCGUCGGCCUCGCCGCCGUAUCGACUGCGCAGGUCUCUCGCGACUACGACAAUAAUGACUAUUACGUCCUUCAUCUGGAUGAAGGCGUUGAGCCCGGUCAUGUCGCCGACCGUCUUGGUCUGCGACACGAGGGCCCCUUGGGCGAUCUCGACCAUCACUACAUCUUCCGCUCCCCUAAAUACGACCACGACGUUGUCAAGCGACAGCUCCUCGACCGACGCAGACGGAAGCGCGAUGGCUCCGACGACAUCAUCGACACUGUUCGUCUGGCUAGAAAACAGCAGCCCCGAACCAUGCUGCAGAAACGUAUUCCGCCGCCACCCCUGGCCGGCGCUCGUCGCGACGUGAAGCCCAAACCUGAAGCGCUCAGCAAGCAGAAAAACGUCAUGCAGCUCCUCUCCAUCAACGACCCUACAUUCCCCGGUCAAUGGCAUCUCUUUAACCCAAUACAGCUAGGCCACGAUGUCAACGUGACCGGCGCUUGGGUUGAGGGUGUCACCGGCAAGAACGCCACUGUCGCCAUUGUCGACGACGGUCUCGACAUGCACAGCCUGGAUCUCAAGGAUAACUAUUUCGCCGAGGGAUCCUGGGACUUCAACGACAACGGUCCCGAACCGUCGCCAAAGCUGCCCGAAGACGGCCACGGAACCAGAUGCGCUGGCGAAGUUGGCGCUGUCAAGAACGAUGUCUGCGGUGUUGGUGUUGCCUACGACGCCAAGGUUGCUGGCAUUCGCAUUCUCAGCAAGCCCAUCAGCGACAUGGAUGAAGCCGAGGCCAUGAUUUACAAGUACCAAGAAAACCAAAUCUACUCUUGCUCCUGGGGCCCGCCCGAUGAUGGUCGCUCCAUGGAAGCUCCUGGCGUCUUGAUCCGCCGCGCAAUGCUCAAGGGCAUCCAAAAGGGCCGUGCCGGUCUUGGAACGAUUUAUGUCUUUGCUUCUGGCAAUGGUGCCGCUUCGGAAGACAAUUGCAACUUUGAUGGCUACACCAACUCCAUUUAUAGCAUUACAGUCGGCGCCGUCGACCGCGAAGGCAACCACCCAUACUACUCGGAGCAUUGCUCUGCCCAACUCGUUGUAACAUAUAGCAGUGGCAGCGGCGACUCCAUCCACACGACCGACGUAGGCACCAACAAGUGCACUGUUUCCCACGGAGGAACAUCUGCCGCCGCUCCUCUGGCUGCUGGCAUCUUUGCUCUCGUCAUGGAAGUUCGACCUGACCUCACCUGGAGAGAUCUUCAAUAUCUCGCCCUCGAGACCGCCGUCAAGGUCGAUGAUCCCAAUGCGGACUGGCAAAAGACCGCCAUUGGCAAGCACUUUUCGCACACAUUUGGCUAUGGAAAAAUCGAUAGCUAUAGCAUUGUUCAGAUGUCCAAGACUUGGGACAAGGUCAAGCCCCAGACCUGGUACUUUUCUCCCUGGAUCCACGUCAAGACGGAUAUUCCCCAGGGCGAUGAAGGUCUCACUUCCACCUUUGAGGUUACGGAAGACAUGCUCAAGGAAGCCAAUCUUGCUCGUCUAGAGCAUGUCACUGUCACGAUGAAUGUCGACCACACCCGCCGCGGCGAUCUCAGCGUAGACCUCAUCAGCCCCGAUAACGUCGUCAGCCACAUUGCCACGACCCGAAAGAUGGACAGUCAUGGCACCGGCUACGUGGACUGGACUUUUAUGAGCGUCGCGCACUGGGGUGAAAAGGGCGUCGGAAAGUGGACUGUUGUUGUCAAGGACAGCAACGUCAACGAGCACAGCGGCAAGUUUGUCGACUGGCACCUCAAGCUCUGGGGUGAGGCCAUUGACGCCGACAAGGCCACUCUCUUGCCUCUACCCACCGAGAAUGAUGAUCUGGACCACGACAAGGUCGAAACCAUCAGCAUGCCAGCCGCCACGACAUCCAUUACCCCCGUGGCGACGCCCGAGCACACCCACACCGAGGAGCUGCCCGAUGAUCACGUCAACCGGCCUACUAAGCCCGCGGGCAGCGGCGAAACGCCCACCACCACCGAGACGCCGGCCAGCACGCCCGUGGACCAGGAACCCGCCGACAGCAGCCCGUCAUCCAACUGGAUCUCGUGGCUCCCGUCCUUUGGCGCCUCCAAAAAGGCGCAGGUAUGGAUCUACGGCGCCGCCGGCCUCAUUGGCGCCUUUGGCAUCGGCCUCGGCAUCUUCUUCUACAUUGCUCGUCGUCGCCGUCUGCGCAACGACUCGCGUAACAACUACGAGUUUGAGCUGCUUGAUGAAGAGGACGGACGCGGCGGCGCCACCGGCGACGGCGUGGAGAAGGGCCUCGUCUCUGGGAAACCCGGCCGUCGCACCCGCGGCGGUGAGCUCUACGAUGCGUUUGCGGACGGCACCUCGGAGGACGAGUCGGACGCGGACGAGUACGACGCGUACAGGGAUCGUUCAGCCGAGCGCCUCGCGGGCGUGGAACGUUUACCCGAAGACGAGGAGCAGCAUGUCAUUGGCGAUGAGAGCGAUGAUGAGGACGUUGAUGAAAAGACGGCUCAGGGACGCGCUCUGACCAAGUAA